AUGUGGCUUCUAAGACGGAACCAGAACAUCUCCAGCAGCGGUCUACCUGUCAUGGAGGAUUCGUCGUCAGACAGAGAUGUCGAGACGGAACUAGGAUUUCGUCACUGGCUACUGAUUGCCAUACACAUCGCAUCACUGAUAGCAAUGACAGUCACACUUCAUGCUCGUGUCCCUGAAGCUCAACCUGCAAGUACAGAUAACAGUCGUUUCUCGGAGCUCCGCGCCCGUCGGCUAGUUUUUGAGAUGUCGAACUUCGGACCGAAACCAGCCGGAUCACAAGCGUGCGAAACGUACACGAAGGGAUAUAUUUUGAAAGAACUAGAGGUCAUAAAAAUUGCGGCUUCUGCAAAAAUCGAGGUUUCACUACAAAAUCCGUCGGGAUGCUUCGAUAUUCCAAGAUUCGAUACAGACGGUUUCACAGUUUGCUAUAGGAAUGUGUCAAACGUAGCAGUUCGUCUAUCGCGAAAUGAUGCAAAGCAACCACGAACUGCUGUCUUACUGAAUUGUCAUUACGACAGCUGGCCAGUAAGUAGCGGUAAGUGCUUAAUCCUUUGU